CGUGGAGCGAAACCUCGAAGUUGCCAACACCUGGAUGACGACACUUUUAGUCAACCCCAGGCCUCUGCUACCGCUGAGUUUCAGGAAGUAGUAAACAUACAGCGAAAAAACAUCGUCUGCAGACUCGGAAUGCAAGGUAGAACUUUCCUGUGGAUGUUUGUCUCAUUCUUCUUUUAUCUCUGUCUUGCCAGAUUUUAUUGAUCAAAAAUCAUUUGGAUAAUUCCAGAUAAAGCUUCCAAGGAUGGUGGAAGGAUUCGCAAAGGUUAUAAAAUAUGCACUUUUCUUGGCAAACUGCGUUAUUUUGGUAUGCGGCAUCUCAGUAUUCGCUGUGGGAGUAUGGACUUUCGCAGACAAGUCGUUCAUGGAGCGGCUAUUGGGAACGGACCUGUACGUGAGCGCGACAGCCAUACUCAUAGCCACCGGAGUGAUCGUCACCAUCAUCUCCUUCCUCGGAUGCUUCGGGGCUAUCAAGGAAAUCAAGUGCAUGCUACUUACAUUCUUCAUCAUAUUGUUCAUGAUUUUUAUCGUCAUGCUGGUUGGUGGAAUUCUGGGAUACGUGUUUAGAAAUGAGGUGGAAAAGCAAAUGGAUCAAGAAAUGAUCAUGUCCAUUCCUUUAUAUAAGAACGAAACAGCCGUCACGGACGCCUGGGAUUCGGUACAAGAAUACUUCAAGUGCUGCGGAAUCGUUGUGGACUCUCAACCAGGUUAUGAAAUCUGGAGCAAGAAGAACAAAGAAUUUCAAAAAGACAGGGACAGAAAAGUUCCCGAAACUUGCUGCAAGGACAAAGAUCCCACCUCUCUUAGAACUUGCCAGGCAAAUCCGGCUGGAAAUGCAUAUGAAGAAGGCUGUUCAGAACAGCUGGAGGAGUUCGUAAAGAAUCAUGCUCUAAUAUUGGGAGGAAUAGGUAUUGGAAUAUCUUGUGUGUUGAUUGUUGGAAUGAUGUUAUCCUGUGCUCUGUUUCUUAUGAUCAACUGAAGAUCAGUAUUUGAAAAUAACAGUUUGUAAAUAACUUUUGCCUUAUAUAAGUGUUGCAUCUCACGAGCCCAACGAACUUAUGGUUUUGUUGAACUGAAAUAUAUUUUAUGCUCAUGAUUCAAGUUCUGUUUUGUAUAUUUGUCUUUAAUUUCAUGGAAGAAAUUUGUAAAUUUUUUCUGCGUUUUUUUUGCACUUUAUUAGUUAAGCCUGUCUUUAUAAAGAUAUCAUAAUUUAUAACCAAAAAGCCAUGAACUUCAGUGCUUUUUAUUAUAUCCAUCUUAUGAUCAGAAUUAAAUAGUUGCCAUUUAUAUUUUAGAAAUUUUAUGUAUUAUAAAUGAAUAUUGAUUGCUAUAGAAUGGAUGGAUUUAAUAAUGAAUAUUUAUUUCAAGUGAUUUAUAAUCUAUUGGCAUUCCUAGCAAAUAAGAAGAUAUUAUCAUCUUCAUUACAAAAUUUCUGAUAUGACUCCAAUUGAAUAUAUCGUCACAGAUUUGGCUUAUCCACAAUAAAAAAAAAAAGUAGAAACUUGAAAACUGAAAACAACUUGAAAAUUUUGAGUUUUCUAUUUUCAAAGUGAAAAUUGUUUUAGUUAUUCCGCGUAUUUCUUAAAUGUUUUUGAAACAUAAUAAAAUAUAAUACAUAUUUCAUAAAAGGAUUAUUGAAAUAUGUAUUAAAUUUAAAUUCUUCGCAAUAUAUUAAAAGGAAACUUCAUUUGUACAAAGGUCUACAAAAUGUGCACAAAAUUUCAAAUAAUCAAUUUAAAGAAGUGGUUUAUCAUCUGUGAUACUUUUAAUCUCGUCGAUAUACUUUAAGAACAAAAGGAACUCAAAAAUAAGCUUACAUAUUUAAAAGUAUUGGAAGACUGUCUUCAUUAGAAUAGGAUACGAGAUUAAAUUCAAUUGUAGCCACGAAAGUUGCCUAUUUUUAUGCCCUAUUUGUAUUUAUACCAUCAUUGAUUCAGAAGAAUAAACGUUUCUAAUAUUUCUUGGAUAAUGAAAUUUAUUUUUUUGAAAUUCUUGACCUUUUUUAGUUUUGAGCAAGUCUGGUUAAAUUAUGACAUCACAACUGAUCAUUCCAAAAUGUUAAUAUUGCUUCAAGAAAUAAAUUUUUAUCGGGACACCAAAGAAUAGAAACUAUGCUGUCUUAAAUAUUUCUUCUUUUAUAACAAUUAACCCAAAAUUGUUUCUUUAUUUGCUGUUUGUAAAAUUUAUAGCAAGUAAGUAGGAUGUCUUCAAAGUGUCAACUUCACAAUGUAGUCUCUCAAAAUCUUUCCCAAUGAGUCUUUUAAGUCUCAAUCACAAAAGUUUGUAUAUCCCGUCUUUUUUCAUACAAUAAUAAUUAACCUGACGUUUAUAACUUGCAAUAUAAGGGGGGUAUUAAUAUUGAUUUCAAUGGCAUUUGAUUGAUUUUUAUAUUAUUUCAACGCAUAAUGAUAGGUCUUGAGUUGCUUUAUUCCAAGUUUCUGCGACUCAUUUUGACUCAUAUGCGAAGAUGAUUUGGCGGAUAAGCUUUGCAAAAGCUUUUAAAAGCUUUAUUGUAGUGAAAUUGGUUGAUCCUUUAAGUACAACAAUUGGUUCAAAGUCUGUAGAUAGGAUAGAUAGACGCCAUGGGGAUGAGGUUUAUCUUCCUGUAGCGAUGGUAUUUCAUUUGGAGUGAGGCAGGGGUCAAUAAUAGGCAGAUCCUUUAGCAUUCCAUUCCAAGCAAAUAACGUAAUGAUAUUUCAUGCCAUUCUAUUUUUCAUAGCCCAUAGUUAGUGGCUACAUCAUCCUUGCUUCACUUCAUCCUCCUUGGUGAAGCUUGGACAGAAUGCUCCACAAUAUCAUUACAUGUCUAUUCUAAAUGGCAUGGAGUGAUGGAAAUUGACUCUCAAGUUAAAUAUCCAGCCUUCUACUCCACCUCAUGCCUUCUAUAAAACUGAGUGGUUUUGACGUGGAUUGCUCGUGAAUUACCGGUUUUAACUUCCGUUUCCAUUCGUGGAUCAAAUAAAAAAAUAUAAGAAUAAUUUUCAUCAAGAUUUUCUAUUCUAAAUAACCAUCUAUGUUCUAUAUGAAAGCACUUAAUUCGAUUUUCAAAUAUAUACUUCCUAAUUUUUACAAUGGAGUUUAUGCAAACAUAUUGGUUUGGGAUAACAUCCUCGAUUUUUUGAAUAACAAAUAAUAUUGCUAUUGUUAUUUUUAAAUAUGCGUUCCAAAUAUCUGUUAUUUCAAUCAUAUUAUUAAUUAAAAAUUAUUACUUAAUAUUAAAUAUAAAAUUUAUUAAUUGUAAUUAAUACUUAAUUUACUAAUUUAAGUAACGUGUGAUUGAAUUAAUUUAUCUGUUUCAGCUUACUUCUUAAAUUUUUUUUUCUCAAAACUAUUUAUUUAAUUUAUUUAUUAGAGUGAACCAUUUUCUGGAAAAGAUGAGUUAAAAAUAUAUGUCAUUUCUUUAAAACGUUUACUUUAGUCCUAUAUUCUACCAAGAGAUGGCGCCAGCAGUAAACAGAGCACAUGUAAUCAAAGUCAAUCAUGUCACGAGCAAUUAAAAAUGAUCUGUAUGGAAUAGUGCAUCAUCAAAUACGAAUAUCGGUCACUCCCGUAAAGUGGAGCGGUGACUUCGCACUUUCCGGUGAAAUCACCGCUCCGAUAAAUUUCAGUGAUAUGCAAUUCAAUGAUAUGAUACGAUUAUUCCAAUAACCGGUCCGUUCACUUUUCAAUCCAAUCACAGAUUUCUUUCGAGAGCUUCCAUUGGACAGAUCGUAUCGAUUGUUACUUUCCAGUGAAGUCACCGCUCCGGCAUAUUUCAGUGAUAUCGUAUCGAUUGUUACUUUCUAUCGUGCUCCAAAACCUGUAAUCGAAAUAUCAUCAGUAAGAUCGUAUCAAGGAUUUGUAUCACACCCCUCUUUGAAAAGUAUUGAUCACUGGUAUUUGUGACAUUAUGAUAUUGGUUACGUAAUAACCGCUCUUAAAAUAUUCGUCAUCCCUACACAGAAGUUACUGUUAUUGCACAAUAACAAUAUUGUACAAUAUUCUGACAUUUGUAUUAUUCAACAUUAUUAUAUAAUGUUGAGAAUAUUAUUUAAUAUCAUACAAUAAUUUGCAAUAUAUGUGUGCUACUGAUGUUGUCAAUUUAAUUUAUCUUUGAGAAAUAUAUUACACAGUUUAUUCUAUCCCACCUCACUUGUUCGAAUGAUUUUCAGCAACCCUGAUACUAUUUAUCAUGAUCACAGCAAACCAUUAAAAUAUACUUAAUGGAGUAAUUUUGCUUUCAAGCAAACAUUAUAAAAAUAAAAAUUGGUAUAAUAUCCUUCUGUAAAUGUGUAUUCUUUUCUUUAAUCUCCCAAGCUUUAUAUAUUUCGUGUGUCACUUUGCUGUCAAUGUUUCGUCUCUGUAGUAUUUAUUUAUAAUAUUUUUUUCAGUAUUUUUCUAUAUAUACUUAUGUAGUAAUUUUUUUGUUUUGAUCGCUAUAAUGUAAUUUUUUUUUUCAUUUUUAAUUUUAAGGAUUAUAAUUUCAAUUGAUCACAUUUGUUGAUAAUUAAUUAUGCCUUCCUAAAAUUUAAGAUUUAGAAAUCAAAUAUUUUACACUCUAAAUCGAUGGAGUAAAUUCGUGCGAUGUCACAAUUACACUUCAAACAAUGUUGUUCAUAUCAUCUUUACACGUAAAUAAGCGUUGCACUGUAUGGAACUCUGAACAACAGCAUUUUAAACUAUACUGUAGUUCUAUUUUUAUAUUUUAUCUAAAUUUUUGAAUAAAAGAUACGUUAUUAAUGGUUUCUAUUAUUAAAAAGCAGAAAAGAAAGGUACUUGCUUCUUUUAGAUUUAAACAUUUUCUAUCUUUUAUUUUAACAAUCUUGAAUUAUUAAAAAGAUAGAUUACUGAUUCUUCCAAAUUAAUUUUAUUAAUAUGCGUCAUGACGUGUUCUUUCAAAUGUUAGAACUUUUUCCAAGUACAGUGUAUAAAUUGUACAGUUCCUACAUAUUUUUUAUUAUAAAAAACAAACUAAUUCAAUAAAUGAUUUAAGAAAUGUGAAUUAAUUUUAAUAUCUGUUUAAAUAAUAAAUAGACUUUUCAUUGUUUUUAAUGUUUUUUGCAGUAAAAACUUAACACGUUAAUAAAGAACACAGAGAUGUUUUUUUUUUUUUUUUUUUCCUUUUGUACUUACAUCAUGUAAUUUUAUGCAACUUUUAAUCUUCAUUUGCCCUUAACAUCACAAUGAGCAAUGGAUUCUUUUUUUAUUUUAACUGCCAAGUGUUAGUUACUUUAAAUUGAUGACCUACGCUAGAAUUGACUCCAUUUUGUACUGGGAAAUAAAGAUGUUUUUAAAAUUUUGUAUUCCAUUUCAAAAAAAUAUCUAUUAUAUUAAAAAAUUGAAAUUAAAAGUAAAAGUUUUGAAAUUUUGCGUGGUGCUAUUACUAAAGAAAAUAUUGGUAAUUGAUACCAAUGGCAUUAAAAGGAAAUAUUAAAAUUUAUUAAGAUUCAAAAUGAAGGCAAUCUGAUGUUUAUAAUGUCAAUAAAAUGAUUUCUGUUUCAAGUAUUUUUGUUCAAUUAUUGAUUACUUUCAUUCAUUUCAUUUUCUGAUAAAUUUCUCUUUUCUUUCAGACUUAAAAGUUUGAUAAAACUCUUGUUUAUAUCUUGAAUAUGUAAAUCUGUUCAUUUAGAGAAAAUCCGUUUGUUUUUUUGAUUUCGA